UAAGUGACCAUGAAGAAUGUGGCUUCAAAUAUAAAGGGCUGCAAACACUGGAUAUUCGUAAUAGGCAUUAUUGUAAUUUGUCUUCAACAUCACUAUGUUAACAUUGAUCAUAAAUCUCAACGUGCAACCCAUGCCACGAAAACUCCCAAAAAGCGCAGAGAAGUAAUACUGAAGCUUGGUCAUCACCGUUUAAUGUCAUACCAAAGAUUUAAAUCCAUGAAUUUGUCGUUGAAAAAUGUGGGGAAGAAUGAAGUUAUGCCUCCCUAUCCCGAAAACACACCGAUAUGUUUCUUCAACAAGACCAAUUUAGGUAGAAUCCGCGUCGACCGGUCGUACAUAACGCCACGUAAAGUGGAGAGACUGCGAUUGGGAGUCAGGCCUGGGGGCUUCUAUGCACCCCCGCACUGCCGGUCGAGGCAUAAAGUGGCUAUCUUGGUUCCAUUCCGAAAUAGAACGACCAAUUUGUCCAAAUUCUUGAGGCAUAUUCAUCCAUUUCUGCAAAAACAACUCCUACAGUAUCGAAUUUUCGUCAUCGAACAAUAUGAUAAGCACAAAUUCAACAAAGGUGCGUUGUACAAUAUCGGCUACCUCGAGACCCAGAGGUUCGGCAACUGGGACUGCCUGGUCUUUCACGAUGUGGACCUCCUCCCGAUGGACCUGAGGAUCCUGUACAGCUGCCCGAGGAGACCUACCCACAUGUGCCCUGCUUUGGAGUGUUGGGGUUACCAAAAGCCGUACUAUAAAUUAUUUGGUGGAGUAACUUCGAUGCCGACGGAGAUGUAUUUAAAAGUCAACGGAUAUUCCAACGAGUACUGGAACUGGGGUGCAGAAGACGACGACAUGUUUAUACGAAUACAUGCGUCCAGGCUUGCCAUAUGGAGGUAUAACAUGAGCAUCGCUCGCUUCACCUGCCUGCCCCACCCGCGUGGUAUCCUUAAUGAUGACAGACGAAUAAAGUUAGCAACGGCAAAGAAACGUUUUAAGCAUGAAGGCCUGAAUAGCUUGGAGUACAGGCUAAUAGCAAUUAUCCAGAGAAAAUUAUUCACGCACAUCCUGGCCGAUGUAAACCCUUUCAAUUAUACUGUUUGAGUAAUAAACCGAUGGGAAUAACAACGUUUUAUUUUAAUGACACAGGUAAGGAAUAGAUAACAAUAAAAUAAAUACUUAGUACUUGA